GUACGCCACUGUGAACAGGAUUGUGCGCGAAAUAGAGGGGCACAGUAUGGCGCAGGUGCCAAAAAGCUGCUUAACAUAUCUCCCGAGCGAGCGAGAAAAAAAAACACCUUUUCAUGAGAAUCUCACUUUGAGAUAUUUUCUUUACACUUUAUUCAGAAAAUAUACGUCAUAUCUUACACCUUUUCUCUUUUUUUACUUGGUUGUAGAACUUUUGGGGCCAUGGUCAAACCAUUCCAUCUGUACGCCAGUGCUAUGCGGGAUGGGUCCGGGGUGGGAGUCCUCUUGAUAUCAAAGCCAUUUUAGACCUUACAGAUUGCCGCUAUUUUAAUCAAUUCGCGGGUAUAUGCAGUAGGCCUAUAUAGCUUUUACACAACAUUAAUUCAACGCAGUCGCGUAAUGAACCAAACAUUUUGAGGGGACACAUAGCAAUGUGGGACAAUUUGUAAAAAGUCGCCAGCGAGAGAAGCGAGCCCGAAAAAGUUUGGCCCUUUGAAAUGACAUUCAAAUUGUGUGACAGAGUUUUCCAUUAUAUUCAGCAAAUAACACAUUUCAUUGUUUUCUAUUCAUUUCAUUACGUUGCCUCCUAUAUUUUCUUUUAUCUACCCUUGGGUGUGGAACCAAGACCCCCCCCCCCCCGGACGCCAGUGAUUGAACGUUAAGCUUAAUGUAGGAACGGUCCAUACAGGGGGGCGUUAUAGAGCCCUUUGAAGGUUACAGAUGAACCCCCUACGUACUCGUACUGAGUGGGGUCUGGGGCAAAGCCCCUGGUAGGUUUGGAGAUUUAGCCAAUGUAAUGAUUGCAGCAGUUAUUGCAUAAAAUUUAACAAGCUUAUAACACAGUUUUGUAUGCAGUCCAUCUUUCUUCCCAUUCUUUAUUUUCAAUCCUCAGCAGCCCGGUCGUGUUAAGUUCUUCUUUCUUUCUUUUUUCUUGUCCCUUUUCUUUGUUUUCCAAUUAAGCUUUGGCUCAUUCCAUUCUACCUUCAUUUGUCAUAUUUUGAUUCAUUUCACUUUCGUAAUCAUGCUAAUGUAUUAGUAGGGCUAUUUCGGAAUGAUUUGUUAUUUGUCACAUGUUCUUCUUUCGUUCCUUUUCCCGCUUUUUUCCGUUUUCCAUUUUUUUAUGUUUUUUUCUUAGUUCUUUUCACUUUUUCCACUUCCCUUUCCUUUUUCCUCAUUUUCCCCUUUCCUUUCUGUCUCCCUCUCUUUUCUCUUUAUGCCGUUUUUUUUUUUUCCCGGUGAAAUCCGCCAGGGGGGGGGGGAGCCUGGCCACCUCCCCGCCCGUUACACCACUGAACAUCAUCACAUUUCAGGGUCAGAUUUCAUACCGUUUUGUUGGUUCAAAAUUCUAAGUUCCAUUGUAAUAGCGAAAAAGAAAACACAUUUCCUUGACCAGUAGCUUAAUCCUCUCCCACACAUACAAUCGUCCAUUCAUGAGAAUUUCUUAUCAUACACCACGGUGUAGGGUGUCACUACGCUCACUGGCAUAUAAUUUUAGGAUGCUGUCAUCUAUCAUGAUGCCUUAUACCUGUCUGCCUAAUCCUACCUUUGCAUUUGGUUUGCAGAAUAUCGCAUUCGCAAGCACGGAUAUUUUACAGAAAACGCCUCCCCAUUUCCCAGUCGAUUGCUCCACUCCCUCUCCAUACACUAGCUCCGGGCAGUGGCUGCGACAUUAUCUCUCAUCACCGCUGUCAUUUUUACAAUAUUUGUAAAAUAAAUUACUAUAAAUCUGUAGUACGUAGUAAACUGAAACUAAGUUGGCUCUAAUUGGGGUUAUUUAUCAAAAGGAAAGAGUGAGAAUAGUCACGCACAGUUCCACCAAUAGCUGUUUCGCAAAUCGAUGUGUUGCUAUUGCUAUUACAGCUAUUAUUAUUAAAGGUUACGAAACUUUACUUAAAUCGUCUGCUGCUACUUUGUAUUUUUACGUGCGAUCCGAAAAAAGGGUACUUCUUCAUCAAGAUUCAAGAGUUACAUGGUAUCUUGACACAUUAUGGAAGUCAGUCAUAUCCUACACUUCCUGCUUUUAGGCUUUUCCUCUUUAUUCGUUAGACAUGUCGAUGCACAUGCUGGAUUUGAAGCAACGACAUCUUCAACACUGCUCACAAGCAAAUCCACCCAUGGGUGCAAUCAGGAUAUGGAGUUCAGGAUGGUUGAUUGCUCACAUAGAGACUUGAAGGAAGUUCCUCAGGAUCUUUCUAAGGACAUCGUGUUGCUGGAUUUGUCAAAUAACCGAAUCAAAAUGCUUUUGAACGCUUCGUUCGAAGUAUACCCUCUAAUCACCAGUUUGUAUAUUUCUAACAAUGAUCUAGGAGUCAUAGAAUCUACCUCUUUUCAUCCCCUCCAUGGCUUAAAGAUCCUGAACCUGUCCUGCAACCCUCGUCUUGUGCUUCCAGUAAAAGAUGUCUUCAAUAUGUCUCCGCAACUUUUCACUCUGUAUUUGGAGGAAGCAAACUUAAUGACACUCCCUAAUGACACCCUACAGUCGAGUCAAAAUUUCCACCGCUUACUUCUAUCAAAUAACAAACUUUCCUUUAUUAAUAUAAGUUCUUGUGGUAAGGUCCACAAAGUAUACAUGGAUGGAAAUCAAAUACAGCGUAUUGCAAAGGAAUGCUUCACGUUUGUAUGCCACAGUGACUUUCUAGAUCUUACAGACAACCCAAUCCAAUUUGUAGAUCCUGACGACUUUGCAUCGUUGAACAUUCUCUCACUAAAGCUGGGUUUCUAUCCCUUGAGUGAUGAGGUAUUAAUAAACAUCACACUCGGCAUCUCAAAAUCAAACCUCCAGGAGCUCACGAUCGUGAGAGGGUACUCUGGUGCGUUUUCUGAAGGUCUGUUUGACCCAUUGUGUAAUUCAACUCUCUCUGUCUUGAACUUCUACGGGAAUGAACUUACGUACCUCCCUCCUUUAGUCUUUGCGAAUUUGACAAAACUCAAACAGUUUACUUUCAGUUAUAACAGCCUACCAAUUGAUACAAUUCCUCCAGACAUUUUUAAUGGCAUGGAAUCACUGGACGUAUUGAAUAUCAGCAACAACGAUAUAACAGAAAUAAAUCCUGACAACCAGACCUGGACAUUAGUUAAAUUGACACAACUGAACUUACGAGAAAACAGUUUAACAAAAAUACUAUCAUCUACUUUUCGUGGUUUAGAAAGCUUGAUCUCCUUAGACAUGAAUUCAAACAAAGAACUCUCUUUCUUAGAGUUGAAUGCAUUUUCAGGUCUCAGCAGUAUUCAAUAUAUUGAUCUGUCAGGAACCAACGUUUAUGAUUUACAACUCAACAUCCCAACGCUAAGAAUACUAUCCCUGAAUAAUCUUCUAGAGCCACCAAAUUGGACACCAUCAAUAUCACCUUUUCGGCAUCUAAAAUCUCUUGUUGAUUUCAGCUUAAAGAAGUCUAGCAUUAUUCUUGCUCACCUGUUGAACAACGCGACGAGUGCCUCUCUUUUCGAUGGAUUGUUGAAUCUCCAUUGUCUUGACCUUAGCGGAAAUUAUUUCCGCGGAACUAAGUUCUUCGAUAAUACUUUACCACCAGGAAUAUUUCGUCAACUCUUUGCUUUACAGGAGCUUAUCAUAGAUGACUGCAAAAUUGAAAAUGUACACCAUCACUUCUUCAUGGGUUUGAAAUCUCUCCAGACAUUAAGUUUGAAAGGAAACAACAUCAAAAGUCUUGAUGGAAGACUCUUAUCGAUUUUGCCUCAAUUAGGAUCAAUAAACCUGGGGGGAAACCAGAUUUCCUACUUGGAAAGAUUGAUAUUCUUGAAUAACGCCAAACUCACCAACCUUUCAUUGGCUGACAACAAGUUAACAAGUCUGAAUCAAAGCACUUUCAAGCCAAUUGCAUCCUCUAUUUCACUACUGGAUCUAUCAAAUAACCCAAUAGCUUGUAAUUGUGACCUUAAAUGGCUUAUAGAUUUGUUAAAUGAGAACAUUGACUUGGACAACAAAGACAACACCAUCUGCACGAUAGCAUCCGUUGAACCUUUGCGUCUGAAACAUCUGCUUGAUUUUGAUCCGAAUAAAUUUUGUACAAGCAAUAUUGGGCUUAUUUCCUUGAUUUCACUGACUAUUGUUUGCUUUAUCGCUAUUUCUAUAAUCACUUAUCACAACCGAUGGUACAUGAAAUACAAAAUAUUUCUGCUGAGACUAGCCGCCGUUGGAUACAGAGAGAUGCAAGACGCCAGAGAACACGACGACUUUGAGUUUGAUCUGAACAUCAUAUUCUACGACGACGACGAAGUAUGGGUUCGCGAGCAUUUCCGACCUGCUCUGGUAGAACACCUUCCACAGUUUCGGAGGAACGUCUUCGGUGACGAGGAUCUCGUACUAGGCAUGCAUUACUUAGAUGCUGUCGAUUACGUGGUGACCCAUAGUUACAAGACCAUCAUCGUCCUCAGUAGAGCUGCUGUGAGGGACCGCUGGUUUGUUCUCAAGUUUCGUACGGCUAUGGAUCACGUGAGCGAUACUCUUACAGAAUUCGUGAUGGUUGUCUUCCUUGAAGACAUCCGUGAUGAUGAAAUGCCCUUCUUGGUUAGAUUGUAUCUCCGAGACGGGAGACCUUACAUUCACUGGACCGAGGAUGUGAGGGGACAAGGAUAUUUCUGGAAUAAACUAACCAAAUAUCUCACCAUUAAUUUAAGGACAAAUGAUAUGCUCCCAAACGAGUAG